AUGGAUUCCUCACACUCAGCCGCCAACCAGCUGAAGACAGCCGAAAAUCGGCGCGAGAGCUUCGGCUCGCAAACUUCCCAGACAGCCAGAGAAUUCAUUGAUUCUCAGAUACAGCUGGAAGCUGAUGCCCGCGAAAUCCUGCCCUAUUCCUUCGACUCAUGCACCCAUGACCUCGGACCAUUACGCCAGAGCCUCUUCGCUUGCCUCACAUGCAACCCCGUUCCCGAUAACUCCGAUGAUCCGUAUACUCCUGCCGCGGUCUGUUAUUCGUGCUCCAUCGCCUGCCACGGCGAACACACCCUUGUCGAACUUUUCAAUAAGCGCGGCUUCGUUUGCGAUUGCGGUACGACUCGUAUGCCGACUACAUCCCCAUGCACACUGCGCGAAGACCCAAAGACCGGCCGUAAGGGCGUCCACUCCCAAGAAGCUUCAUCGAACAACAAAUACAACCACAAUUUCCGAAAUCGAUUCUGUGGCUGUGGAGAGAAAUAUGAUCCUCACCAGGAGAAGGGUACCAUGUUCCAAUGUUUAGGUCUUGGGACUGUCGAGACUGGAGGGUGUGGCGAAGACUGGUGGCAUCCGGAGUGUCUGAUCGGAUUGUCGAGGGAUUGGCACAAGGCCAACGGAGUCGUUGCGAAGACAGAGCCGAUUGGAGGAGGCGAUGCUACCACCGAUGAAAGAGCGCUCGAAGAGGACGACGAAACACCUCUCCCACCUGGAUUCCCUGCCGAAGAAGAUUUCUGGCAACUCAUUUGCUUUAAAUGUCUCGAUUCAGCCCCGUGGCUCAAGAAGUAUGCCGGAACACCGGGGUUUCUUCCACCUGUUUUUCUGAAUGGCGGUUUAGAAAAGAAAUCGGUCGCUGUAGAUGAGACUAAAGAUUCUAAGACUGAGGAGAAGAAGGAAUCAUCGGGACAAGAAGAGAAAACUGAGAAUUCGAAGAAGCGGAAGGCAGAGGAUGACAAUGACACCCAAGAAGAGCCAACUGCAAAGAAAGCCAAAGAGCAAGAAAAAGAAGAGCCUAUAUCAAACAAUCCACCCUCGCCACAAUCGAAGAAGAACCCCCCCAAACCAAAGCACACCUCACUUCCCCCCUCAGCACCAACAACCUCCUUCUCCCUCUUCCUCCAACCAGAUUUCCGCGACCACCUCUGCCGCUGCGCAGAAUGUUUCCCAAAUCUCGCACCCUUCCCCCAACUACGCGAAGAAGAAGACACAUACGAACCCCCGCUCUCAGACGACGGCGAAGGCGAAGCUAACGCCGCAGCAAGCACCGGCACAGGAAGUCUUCUCGAGCGCGGCGAGGCUGCGCUCAGCAAUGUCGACCGCGUGCGUGCUAUCGAGGGUGCUAUGAUCUAUAACCACCUCCGUGAUAAGGUGAAGGAUUUCCUUAAGCCGUUUGCUGAGAGUGGGCAGGCUGUUAGUGCUGAGGAUAUUAAGGGGUAUUUUGAGAAACUUCGUGGUGAUGAGCAGGGUAUUCAGGAUGCUGCCGGUCAGGCGGAGGCUAUGGGUGGUGGUGGUGGUGGGAAAGGGGACGAUGCUGGUGGUGAUGGCCGGCGUGAGCAGAAUGGUAAGUCUUGCAUUUGA